AUGUUGACAAGACUCCAAGUUCUGACCUUAGCUUUCCUCUCAAAGGGAUUGUUGCUCUCCUUAGGGGACCAUAACUUUAUGAGGAGGGAGAUUAAAAUAGAAGGUGACCUUGUUUUGGGGGGACUGUUUCCUAUUAAUGAAAAAGGCACCGGGACUGAAGAAUGUGGGCGCAUCAACGAGGACCGAGGAAUCCAACGCCUGGAAGCUAUGUUGUUUGCCAUCGAUGAGAUCAACAAAGACAACUACUUGCUCCCAGGGGUGAAGCUGGGUGUUCACAUUUUGGAUACUUGCUCAAGAGACACCUAUGCCCUCGAGCAGUCACUGGAGUUUGUCAGGGCAUCCUUGACUAAAGUGGACGAGGCUGAGUAUAUGUGUCCUGAUGGAUCCUACGCCAUUCAAGAAAACAUCCCACUGCUCAUUGCUGGAGUCAUCGGUGGUUCCUACAGCAGUGUCUCCAUACAGGUGGCCAACCUGCUGCGCCUCUUCCAGAUCCCCCAAAUCAGCUACGCCUCCACCAGCGCCAAACUCAGUGACAAGUCACGCUAUGAUUACUUCGCCCGGACCGUGCCCCCAGACUUCUACCAGGCCAAGGCCAUGGCCGAGAUCCUCCGUUUCUUUAACUGGACUUACGUGUCCACCGUGGCCUCCGAGGGUGACUACGGAGAGACUGGCAUUGAAGCAUUCGAGCAGGAGGCGCGCCUACGCAACAUCUGCAUCGCCACAGCCGAGAAGGUGGGACGCUCCAACAUCCGCAAGUCCUAUGACAGCGUGGUGCGGGAGCUGCUGCUCAAGCCCAGCGCUCGUGUGGUAGUCCUCUUCAUGCGCAGUGACGACUCGCGGGAGCUCAUCGCUGCUGCCAGCCGCGCCAACGCCUCCUUCACCUGGGUGGCCAGCGAUGGCUGGGGCGCGCAGGAGAGCAUCGUCAAAGGCAGCGAGCACGUGGCCGACGGCGCCAUCACGCUGGAGCUGGCCUCGCAGCCUGUGCGCCAGUUCGACCGCUACUUCCAGAGCCUCACGCCCUACAACAACCACCGCAACCCCUGGUUCCGGGACUUCUGGGAGCAGAAGUUCCAGUGCAGCCUCCAGGGCAAGCACAACCACAGGCGCGCCUGCGACAAGCACCUGGCCAUCGACAGCAGCAACUACGAGCAGGAAUCCAAGAUCAUGUUUGUAGUGAAUGCAGUGUAUGCCAUGGCGCACGCGCUGCACAAGAUGCAGCGCACAUUGUGUCCCAACACGACCAAGCUCUGUGACGCCAUGAAGAUCUUGGACGGGAAGAAGCUGUACAAGGACUACUUGCUGAAAAUCAACUUCACAGCUCCAUUCAACCCGGAUAAUGGCGCGGAUAGCAUUGUCAAGUUUGACACGUUCGGAGAUGGAAUGGGGCGAUACAAUGUGUUCAACUUCCAGCACAUGGGGGGAAAGUAUUCCUACCUGAAGGUUGGUCACUGGGCUGAAACCUUGUCACUAGAUGUUGACUCCAUCCACUGGUCUCGGAACUCACUCCCCAUUUCCCAGUGCAGCGACCCCUGCGCCCCCAAUGAAAUGAAGAACAUGCAGCCGGGGGAUGUCUGUUGCUGGAUCUGCAUCCCCUGUGAGCCCUAUGAGUACCUGGCGGACGAGUUCACCUGCGUGGACUGCGGGCCCGGACAGUGGCCCACUGCAGACCUGUCUGGAUGCUACGAUCUCCCCGAGGACUACAUCAGGUGGGAAGAUGCCUGGGCCAUUGGCCCAGUCACCAUUGCCUGCCUGGGUUUUAUGUGUACGUGCAUGGUUGUAACUGUUUUUGUCAAGCACAACAACACGCCCUUGGUGAAAGCAUCAGGCCGCGAGCUGUGCUACAUUUUGCUGUUUGGGGUUGGCCUGUCCUAUUGCAUGACGUUCUUUUUCAUUGCCAAGCCGUCACCCGUCAUCUGUGCGCUGCGCCGACUGGGGCUGGGCACUUCCUUCGCCAUCUGUUACUCAGCCCUGUUGACCAAGACCAACUGCAUUGCCCGCAUCUUUGAUGGUGUCAAGAACGGCGCCCAGCGGCCCAAGUUCAUCAGCCCCGGUUCUCAGGUGUUCAUCUGCCUCGGUUUGAUACUGGUGCAAAUCGUGGUGGUAUCUGUGUGGCUCAUCCUGGAGACUCCAGGCACACGGAGAUACACCCUUGCAGAAAAGCGGGAGACGGUCAUCUUAAAAUGCAACGUCAAAGACUCCAGCAUGUUGAUCUCUCUGACCUACGAUGUGAUCCUGGUGAUCUUAUGCACUGUGUAUGCCUUCAAAACGCGGAAGUGCCCGGAAAAUUUCAAUGAAGCCAAGUUCAUAGGUUUCACCAUGUACACCACCUGCAUCAUCUGGUUGGCAUUCCUCCCCAUAUUUUAUGUGACGUCGAGUGAUUACAGAGUGCAGACAACAACCAUGUGCAUCUCCGUCAGCCUGAGUGGCUUUGUGGUCUUGGGCUGUUUGUUUGCACCCAAGGUGCACAUCAUCCUGUUUCAGCCCCAGAAGAAUGUGGUCACACACAGGCUGCAUCUCAACAGGUUCAGUGUCAGCGGGACUGGGACCACCUAUUCUCAGUCCUCUGCAAGCACAUAUAUGCCAACAGUGUGCAAUGGACGGGAAGUCCUCGACUCCACCACCUCAUCCCUGUGAUUGUAAAUUGCCGUUCAGUUCUCGUGUUUUUAGACUGUUAGACAGAUGUGCUCAAGUGCAGCUCCAGAGUGUGGAAAAAAGAGCAAAAGAACAACCCUAGUACCUUUUUUUUAGAAACAGUACAAUAAAUUAUUUUUGAGGACUGUACAGUAUAUAGUGAUGUGCUAGAACUUUCUAGGCUGUUUCUAGUGUCCCUAUUAUUAACAAUACCCCUCCCCGCCCCGGAAAUGGAAAUAACCAUUGUUUACAGAGCUGAGCAUGGAUGACAGGGUCUGACAGGGUCAGUCUACU